ACCCCGCUCCCAUCCGUUCCGCCCUCGCCAGCCACUAGCCGCUCCGGGUUUCCCGCUUCCUCCCCUCCUCCACUGACGCAGUCCGUGCUGCACCAGAUCCUAACAUGGCGGCGGCGAGGUGGUGAAGAGCGCGGCGGGAGGGAGAUUCUGGGCCCAGGGAGCGCGGCUGGGUCUUAAAAUUUUGAAGCCAUGGGAGUGAAAACCCAGAGACCACGUUGCUUUUUUGACAUAGCCAUCAACAAUGUACCUGCUGGAAGAGUUGUCUUGGAAUUAUUUUCAGAUGUUUGUCCAAAGACAUGUGAGAAUUUUCGCUGCCUUUGUACAGGUGAAAAAGGUACAGGAAAAUCAACACAGAAGCCAUUGCAUUACAAAAGUUGUUUGUUUCAUAGAGUUGUGAAAGAUUUUAUGAUCCAAGGAGGUGACUUCAGUGAAGGAAAUGGUAGAGGAGGAGAAUCAAUAUAUGGUGGCUUUUUUGAAGAUGAAAGCUUUGCUGUAAAGCACAACAAAGAAUUUCUCCUUUCAAUGGCCAACAGAGGGAAAGAUACAAAUGGUUCACAGUUUUUUAUAACAACGAAACCUACCCCUCAUUUAGAUGGGCUUCAUGUUGUGUUUGGACAAGUAAUCUCUGGUCAAGAUGUUGUAAGAGAAAUAGAAAACCAGAAAACAGAUGCAUCUAGUAAACCUUAUGCUGAAGUACGAAUAAUGAGUUGUGGAGAGCUAAUUCAAAAAUCAAAAGCCAAGAAGGAAGAGAAGAAAAGGCGCAAGUCAUCUUCCUCAUCUAGUGAUUCAGAAAGUUCAAGUGAUUCAAAAUCUUCUUCUGAUUCGUCAUCUGAUUCUGACAGUGCUUCUGAAGAAAAAACAAAGAAGAAGAAAAAGAAGCACAAAAAAAAUUCCAAGAAGCAUAAGAAAGAAAAGAAAAAGAGGAAAAAAAGCAAGAAGAGCUCAGCUAGUGAAAGUGAAACAGAAAAACCUGAAUCACAGCAGCCACUUUCUACUGUCCGUCCAGAAGAGAUUCCUCCUGUCCCAGAAAACAGAUUCCUCAUGAGAAAAAGCCCUCCUAAAAUAGAUGAAAAGGAAAAAGAGACAAAGAGCAGGGAAAAGGAAAGGGAGAGCAACCUGUCGAACUGUCAGUCAUAUCAGAGAAGGCUGUUGGUGACUAGAUCUGGUCGGAAAAUAAAAGGAAGAGGACCAAGGCGCUACCGGACCCCUUCAAGAUCCAGGUCAAGAGAUCGUUUUAGACGCAGCGAGACUCCUCCACACUGGAGACAAGAGAUGCAGAGAGCUCAGAGAAUGAGAGUAUCAAGUGGAGAAAGAUGGAUAAAGGGAGACAAGGGUGAAGUUAAUGAGAAUAAGAAGGAUGCUGCAAAUCAGAAAAGCCCAGGGAGAGGAAAAGAAAGAAAAAUAUCUGACCACAGGCAAAUUUCAGAGAGCCCUAAUAGAAGGGAGGAAAAGGAAAAGAAAACAAAAGACCACAAAUCUGGCAGUAAAGAUAGAGAGACAAGGAGAAAUUCUGAGAAGGACGAUAAGGACAAACAUAACAAAAAUAAGGCCAAAAAAAGGGCUAGAUCCAAAAGCCAGAGCAAAAGCAAAGAGGUGUCAAAAAGUAAGGAGCGGGACUCAAGGCACAGCAAACAUGAAGAAAAGAAAAUACGAUCCGGAAGCAAAGAGAGGGACUAUGAGAAAGAGAGGGACAAAGAAAAAUAUAAUGACUUCCACGGGAGAGAAAGGAGCAGAAGUAAAGAAAAAAAUAAAAGGGGAGGAUCUAAAAGUAACGGUCAGAAUCAUACUAAAAGUAAAGAUAGGGAAAAACAUGCAAAGUCAAAGAGUAGAGAACGUGAGCAGUCUAAAAGCAAACACAGCUCAAAUAGUAAGACCAGAGAGCGAAGCAAAAGCGGAGAUAGAGGAAAGCGAGCCAGGUCCAGAAGUAAAGAACGAGAUCGCAGCAGAAGUAAAGAUUACUCGAAACACAAAGAUAAGGAUGUAAAAAGAAGAGGGAGGUCAAGGAGCAGAGACAGAAAAGGCACACCAGAAAGAUCUAAAGGUAAAGAAAACAAGAGGAGGAAGGAGUCACAGAGCUCCGAGAGGGAGGAGAGCCGGAGUAAAGACCGGCAUCGGAAUCAAGAGCACAGAAGUUCUCACAAAAAAGAGGAUGCUGAGAAAAAAAAGCGUUCAGAAAGCCGUGACAGUAGUAGCUCAGAGACUAAUAAAAGCAAAAAGGCGAGUCGAGAUCAGGAUAAAAGUCCUGACUCAAAGAAGAGACGAAGCAGCAAGGACAACGAAUUGAAAAGAUCAUCUUCUCGCAGGAGUAAGGAAAAGGAAAAGGACAAAGACAGGUCCCGUUCCUCAAAAGAAAAAGAGAUCAACCAAAAAUCAAAGAAUCAGGAGAGAGAACGUGCCCAUGGUAAAGAUAAAAAAUCUGAUCAUGAAUCAAGUGCUGGAACUGAUGAAGACAGACAUGGAUAAGUUUAUGAACUUAUUGUUUCCAUUCUGCCUCCAGGUUCUAGAGACAUGUUGGGGAACACUUUUUUUUUAAUGUGGACUUCAGUUUGGUCUUUUGAUAAUCCACAACCUGGAUCAUUUGUACUGCUAAAGUUUUAAUAAACUUGAAAUGGAAAAAAAUGUUUUAUGUGUAAUAUGGUGUGCUGUGUUUUAAUAUUUCAUGGUUUAUGUAUACUACUUCUGUGCUAUCAGAAGGAAACAUACUGUAUUGCAUUUACAUUUUAAUUUAGAU